AUGAAACUGCUGAAGUUUGUCAACUGUGAUGCCCCGAAUGUCACUCCCGACAUGCUUCAAUUGAGUGUAGAGGAGCAGCGGGCUCGCGUCCUCUCCAAUGGGCAUAGUGGCGGGGGACGUGGAGAGCAAGCGACGAUGAGUUGGCACCUCAUCAGCACCGCUCCGUCGAUGGAAGGUGCGUAUUGGCUACUUAACGAUGAUAAUACGCCUAUAGGGCCGAUUGAUACGGUUCUGCUUGCCGCGCGGGACACGGCGAACGCGGACUGCACUAGACUCCCAAACGGUGUUGAGGAAGGCCACAUCCACGAGGUUGAUCUGCGCAGCAAGAUGGGAAAACAGCUCCAGCGCGCCCGCCAGGAGUACGGCCAGACGUUUAAGACGGCGGCAAAGAAUGCGGCACUGUUGAUGGACGCAGACCGACUUCGCGUGGGCCGUGAGGAAAAGGCCCGGGCGGAGCGGAAGCGUGUUGUGGAAGCCAUUGAGAACGGCGAGGAACCGGUCCGUAAAACACGUGCAAAGAGGGAGGAUGGCAACAAGGGCAGCGGCAGCUCCAAGAAGCGCUGA